AUGACGCUAUCCUACCUGCUAGGAACCGAGCAGAUGUCUGUCUGCGUGCGGUACCUGCUGGACGACAAGCUACAUGAAGACUUUUUGGCAUUCGUGGAGGUGACAAACCUGUCUGGACAAGGACUCGCUUCGACCCUUAUGAGGCUUCUUAGGGACAAAGGUGUCGACGCCACCUAUUUGUGCGGCCAAGGAUACGAUGGUGCGGCCAACAUGUCCGGCCGCCUGAACGGGGUCCAAGCUGUGAUCCAACGAGAACACCCCGCAGCCCUCUAUAUGCAUUGCGCAAGUCACUCGCUCAACUUGGCGCUUUGCUGUUCGUGUAGUGUCCCCGAGGUGCGUAACGCGUUGAGUGUGGUGCAGGAAGUCUGCGUGUUUUUUAGAAGGUCUGCACGUAGAUCAGCCAUUCUCAAGGAAAAGAUCAGGGAGCUGCACCCUCAAACGACGAAGCGGCGGCUUUUAGCGCUGUGUGAAACUCGUUGGGUUGAACGCCACGAGGCCGUUCAAACCUUUGUGGAGCUCUACGAAGCUGUUGUGUUGUCACUUGAGAUUCUGCAGGAUGAGGCUGGUGGUGGCGAGGUGUCUGCGAAGGCCCACCAAUUACUGGCAUGUAUCGUGACGCCAACGUUCAUAGUCAGCAUUAACAUCGCCGCAAAGGUGCUUUCGUUGACGUUGCCGCUCUCCAGGCAGCUCCAAACAACCUCGCUCGACGUAAUCGGCGCCCUCAGUCAUGUCGAUGACGUCGAGGCCGCUGUGCAAGCGCUGCGUCAAUCCGGGUUUUCCACGGUAUUCCAAGCCGCCGGUAAUGCCGACGAUGCAUUCCAGUUGAUUGUAUUUAAAGAUUGUGCCACAGUGGAUGCUGUUAUACAAGAGUGCAGGCGCUUUGAAGAGGCUAAAAAACGCCGGAUCACAGCCAACUUCACACGCCUGCCCAACACGACACCAACGUCCACCUGUGAGGAUCCGCCUGUAGUGCAGCAGUUCCAGUAUCUGCUGUUCAAGCGCUGGUUCAACGAGAAAUCCACCGGCUCGUCCCUCCGGAACAACCAGACAGCCGACGUCUGCCUCAUCGUCCUCUCAACCACUUGCCAUCCGCCAAUUCUAUGA